CGUAGCGUGCUUCGUCGAACAAAGUACAGCCGUCUUGCGAUGCCGGAAGCAGCAGCAGCAGCCGACGGUGGCAAAGCGGUACCGCAGUAUCCCGAGGCGCGCAGGGACGGCUCGGUGGUGGAAGAGUUCCAUGGCGUCAAGAUUGCCGACCCAUACCGCUGGCUGGAGGAUCCGGACGCGGAGGAAACCCGCGAGUACGUGGAGCGGCAGAAUGAAAUAUCGAAACCCUUCCUCGACACCUGCCCGGAGUGGAAGAAGCUGAACGAGAAGCUGCGAAAGCGCUGGAACUAUCCGAAGUACUCGUGCCCGUUCAAGCACGGCAACAAGUACUUUUUCUUCAUGAACACCGGCCUGCAGAAUCAGGAUGUCCUCUACAUCCAGGAUACGCUGAACGGGGAACCGAAAGUGUUUCUGGACCCGAACACCCUCUCGACCGAUGGUACGAUCGCACUGGUCGGUUCGCGGUUCUCCGACGAUGGGCGGCUGUAUGCGUACGGGUUGAGCCAAAGUGGUUCGGAUUGGACGAAGCUCAAGAUACGCAACGUGGAGACGGGCGAAGAUUUUCCGGAAACCAUCGAGCACACCAAGUUUGUGACGGCUUCGUGGACAAAGGACAAUAAAGGGUUCUUCUACGCGCGCUACCCGGUCGUCGAUGGGAAGGCGGACGGUUCGGAAACGGCGGCGAACGAGAACCAGAAGCUGUACUACCACCGUGUCGGUGACUCCCAGGACAAGGACGUUUUGAUUGCGGAGUUUCCGGAGGAACCGUCCUGGCGAUUAAUGCCGGAAGUUUCGGAUUGUGGCAAGUACCUGUUGCUGUUCAUUAUGAAGGGCUGCAAGGACAUGCUGCUGUACUUUGCGAACUUGGAAAAGGCGGGCAACCUGUCGUCGAAGCUCGACUUUGUGAAGGUGGUCACGGAAUUCGAUAGCGAUUACGAUUACGUCACGAACGAGGACAGUAUCUUUUCAUUCCGCACGAACAAGGGCGCCCCGAACUAUCGCAUCGUCAACAUUGACUUUGACGAACCGGCCCUGGACAACUGGAAGACGCUGGUCGCCGAACAUCCGAAGAACGUGCUGGACUGGACGACGUGCGUGAACAAGGAUCGCAUCGUGCUCGGUUACAUCGACGACGUAAAGUCGAUGCUCCAGGUGCACAGUCUGGCCGACGGGAGCUUCGUGUCCAAGUUUCCGCUCGACAUCGGCACGGUGGUCGGGUUCAGUGGGAAGAAAAAGUAUUCGGAAAUUUUCUACCACUUCGUAUCGUUCCUUACGCCUGGCAUUAUCUAUCACUACGAUUUCGCCACGGCCGCCGGCCAAGAUGCCGGCACUCCGGUCGACCCGACCAUCUUCCGCGAGGUGAAGAUCGAAGACUUUGACAACAGUCAGUACACGGUGGAGCAGAUCUUUUACCACAGCAAGGACGGCGAGAAGGUGCCAAUGUUUAUUGUGCAGCGCAAGGAGCGGGAACGGAGCAAGAAACACAAACCGUGCCUGCUGUACGGGUACGGUGGGUUCAACAUUUGCGUGCAGCCAUCGUUCAGCAUUACCGGGCUGGUGUUUAUCGACUCGUUCGAUGGCAUUCUGGCCUACCCGAACAUUCGCGGUGGAGGAGAGUACGGUGAGCGGUGGCACAAUGCCGGGCGAUUGCUGAAGAAGCAGAACGUGUUCGACGACUUCCAGCACGCCGCCCAGUAUCUGGUGGAGCAUGGCUACACGCGCCACGAAAAGAUUGCCAUUCAAGGAGGCUCGAACGGAGGUUUGCUGGUGGGUGCGUGCAUCAACCAGCGGCCGGAUCUGUUCGGUGCUGCCAUAGCGCAAGUCGGUGUGUUGGAUAUGCUACGGUUCCACAAGUUUACGAUCGGUCGCGCUUGGGUCUCGGAUUUCGGCGAUAUGGACGAGAAGGAACACUUUGAGAAUCUGCUCCGCUACUCGCCGCUGCACAACGUACGGCGGCCAACGUCCGAGAAGGAGCAGUACCCGGCCACGCUUGUGCUGACGGCCGAUCACGACGAUCGCGUUAGCCCGCUGCAUUCGCUCAAGUUUGUGGCCGCACUACACCACGCCAUCAACGGAUGCGAACACCAGCGGAACCCACUGCUGCUGCGCGUGUACAGUAAAGCCGGCCACGGCAUGGGCAAACCGACGGCGAAGAAAAUAGAAGAAGCGACCGACAUUCUAACGUUCAUGUACAAGACGCUCGGACUGAAGCUAACCUUCUGAACGCGGCCGUAGGGUUCGGUAUUUCGGCUUUUUUGGCAUUGCGAAUAGGGGAAGGCUGCUUACAGUGCAGAAUGAAGAAUGUGCUUGAAGGCCACCACAGUUCUAUGGCAUACAUCUCCUGAGUUUAUGGCAAUUUCAAAUAAAGUUGUGUUUCAAAGUAUUUGUAACCGAAUGGCAAGCAAGAUAAAACGAUUUCUUUCCAUGUCUCGGUUUCGGUUAUAGUUUUCCCUUGUUUAAAACAUCCGACAAUGGAUAUUGGAUUCUAACUUCUCUUGGGGCAAGAAAGGAAGCAAAUAAAAGGGGUCCACUUUAUCACCGGUUAAUAAAUACCGAACAGCAACGGCAGGGAAGACCGAAGAACAGUUAUCGUUUCGCCGUGUGUGCGCAUUUGUGUC